UGCAUUGGUUGUCAGCAAAUGUGACAUCUGCCGUUUGUGAUGCCGGGUGAUGGUGGAACUGCCGCUAUCCUUCAUUUGGGCGAUGGUGAAAGCAACCAAAGGAGAAAUCUUUGGCUUGGCCAUGAAUUUGUCGACGAGGAGACUGCAGGGCAUGUGAGAAGUGUAGUGCUGGCGGCUGGAGUCAUGGCUCUCAUGCAGGUACUGACACUUCUGAUGGCAGUAUCCACCGGUCGGAAUUUGCAGGGGGCGUUUGUCAACUUCCUGCUUGGCAUGAUCUUGCCUGGCUGUGGGUACUUUGGUGCCACGAAAAGCAGCUCGCAGCUGAUGUGUUGCUUUUCCUGCACAAGCCUUUUGUUUGCCAUUUCGCAAGCGCUGGUUAUGGCCAACGUGCUGUUGGCGGUUUGGAUCAUCAGCGAGAACGAGGAGGUUCUAUGUGAAGCUGUGUGUGCUGUGAUUGGCUGCAACAACCACAGUGCAUUGUGCUCUUGUGAGAUAGGCUGUGGUGAGAAGUGCUGCGGCGACUUUCUGGAGGUGUGCCACAAUGGCAAUCAGCUGACCUCACCAUUGGGCUGCAAAAGCCUGGAAUCCACCGUGACCGUCAGCACCCACGUGGCAACCGUGGUCAUUCUGAUCAUAUCUCCGCUGGUGAUCGGGUUGAGUGUCUAUGCGUGGCAUCACGGCACCAAGCUUUGGGCAAGAUUGUCGCAAGGUGAUGAGCUUCUGGUUCAACGACAUCUUGCCGAGGCGGUCGAAUAGCUGUCCAAAGUGACGCUGAGUGAGAGGACAAUGCUGCACUGGAUACCACUGGAUCGUGGAUUUCGGCUCCCUUUGGAGCGCUGCUCAUGGUCGCCGUGAAAAUGGGAUUGUGGC